AUGCGGCUUUGUUAUCCUGCGCUUGCUAGGAACUUGAGACAUAUUUCACAUAAUAAUCAAGUUGUAGGUCAGACCGUCUAUUUAACUCAUGUGAAAUGGGUGACGGGUAGAAAUCAGUUAGAGAAUUACUUCAGUAGAUUUGGCCAGGUGAAAGCUGUUAAUAUGUUCUUCGACGCCGAAACAGGGUUGCAUCGUGGUUUCGCUUCUGUUACGUUCGAAACGAAAGAAUCUGCUAGUAGAGCAAUGGCUUUGAGGCCUCAUAUCAUAGAUGGAGAUAGAGUUGAUGUAGAACCAUAUAUCCCGCUCGUUUCAAAACGGAAAGAUAUAGUUCUGUAA